AUGGACGCCCACAUUGGAGCCAUCGACGCGGUGAGCUCCGCCUCCAACGCGGUAGGGGCGCUCCCCGCGAGCCACAGCCCCACCGUCUUUCCCGCCCUCGCCGCCUCCCGGUCGGAGGCCACCCUCGGCCGCCACAUCGCCAGCCGCCUCGUCCAGAUCGGCGUCGGCGACAUCUUCUCCGUCCCCGGAGACUUCAACCUCACCCUGCUCGACCAGCUCAUUGCCGAGCCCGCGCUGAACAACGUCGGCUGCUGCAGCGAGCUCAAUGCCGGGUACGCCGCCGAGGGGUACGCUAGGGCCCGGGGUAUCGGCGCUUGCGUGGUCACCUUCACGGUGGGCGGCCUGAGCGUGCUCAACGCCAUCGCCGGCGCUUACAGUGAGAACCUGCCGGUGAUCUGCCUCGUCGGGGGACCCAACUCUAACGACUACGGGACCAACAGGAUCCUUCACCACACGGUCGGCCUCUCCGACUUCAGCCAGGAGCUCCGGUGCUUUCAGACUGUCACCUGCCAUCAGGUUCCCCGGUCCUCCCCCCGACUUCUGUUCCGUAGAUUAGAAAGGAAAAGGAACACUGAGGUGGAGGCAUCACGGGGCCGUAAUUGAAAUGAUGCAGGCGGUGGUGAAUAAUCUGGAAGACGCGCACGAGGAGGUCGACAGGGCAAUCUCGACGGCCCUGAAAGAGAGCAAGCCGGUGUACCUCAGCAUCAGCUGCAACUUACCGACUAUCCCUCAUCCCACCUUCAGCCGGGAGCCGGUCCCCUACAUCCUCUCUCCCAAGUUUGUGAAGAUGGCUCCCCUCUCUCUCUCCAUUUCUUCAGGCAGUCAGCGAUUGAUGUUGUCGAUACCCUAGAACAGUGGUCGAUUUGUUGUUGACGAUGUUACUCGGUGAUUUGAUGUAAUUGGGCCGCAGCUUGAGCAACCGACUGGGCCUGGAGGCGGCGGUGGAGGCCGCAGCGAAGUUCUUGAACAAGGCGGUGAAGCCGGUGCUGGUGGAGGGGCCCAAGAUAAGGGUGGCCAGGGCUGGGAAGGCCUUCGUGGAGCUCGCCGACGCAAGCGGCUACGCCGUAGCCGUGAUGCCGUCGGCCAAGGGGCAGUUCCCCGAGCAGCACCCGAUGUUCAUCGGCACCUACUGGGGAGCCGUGAGCACCGCCUUCUGCGCCGAGAUCGUGGAGUCCGCGGACGCCUACCUGUUCGCCGGCCCCAUCUUCAACGACUACAGCUCUGUGGGGUACUCUCUCCUCCUCAAGAAGGAGAAGGCGAUCAUCGUCCAGCCCGAGCGCGUGACCAUCACCGACGGCCCCGCGUUCGGAUGCGUCCUGAUGAAGGACUUCCUCAGGGCUCUGGCCAAGAAGCUGAAGAGGAAUACAACCGCUUUCGAGAACUACCAGCGGAUUUACGUGCCCGAGGGCGCCCCGCCGGCAUGCGAGCCCAACGAGCCCCUGCGGGUCAACGUGCUGUUCAGGCACAUCCAGACAAUGCUAUCGGGGGAAACUGCGGUGAUUGCAGAGACGGGAGAUUCCUGGUUCAACUGCCAGAAGCUCAGACUGCCAAAAGGCUGCGGGUAAUCAGAUUGAAACACCCUCUUUCUAGCUGUUCAUCGUGCUCACGUAGGUUGUCUCUGGGCAGAUAUGAGUUCCAAAUGCAGUACGGAUCCAUUGGCUGGUCUGUGGGAGCGACACUCGGCUACGCCCAGGCUACGAAGGAGAAGCGGGUGAUUGCUUGCAUCGGUGAUGGAAGCUUUCAGGUACGAUGAACAGCUGACUUCUGUUCUUCUUUCUCUCCUUUUUCUCGAGAUUAUCCAUCUCGCUUUCCCCGGUUGGGUCGGUCGCAGGUCACCUGCCAGGACAUCUCUACGAUGAUCCGCAGCCAGCAGAGAAGCAUCAUCUUCCUCAUAAACAACGGGGGCUACACCAUCGAGGAGGAGAUCCACGAGGGGCCUUACAACGUCAUCAAGAACUGGGACUACACGGCUUUCGUGGACGCCAUCCACAACGGCGACGGCAGGUGCUGGACCUGCAAAGUGAGUGAGCCCCUUCCCUGACAUAGCGGGCCACCCUUUUCAGUGACGAGAGCGCCAUUAAUUUGGUGGGCUCUGAAUCCCGACGUGCUGCCAGGUGCGCUGCGAGGAGGAGCUUCUGCGGGCGAUCAAGGCGGGAACCAGCGAGAUGAAAGAUUGCCUGUGCUUCAUAGAGGUGAUGCUACACAGGAACGACACUAGCAAGGAGCUGCUCGAGUGGGGCGCCAGGGUCUCCGCCGCCAACAGCCGCCCACCCAAUCCUCAGUAG